AGACCGACCCUCGGCUUCGGAGAGGCAGCGCUGUCCCUCUCGGCGCUCACCCGGCGGCUUCGGCUCCCACAGCUUCCUCAGGGAGCGCAGACCCUGGUUUAUGCCCCAGCUCUGACCCCGCUAGAGACAUGUCGACCCCGGCCCGGCGGCGCCUCAUGAGGGACUUCAAGAGGUUACAAGAGGACCCUCCGGCCGGAGUGAGCGGGGCUCCAUCAGAGAACAACAUAAUGGUUUGGAACGCGGUCAUUUUUGGGCCCGAAGGGACCCCAUUUGAGGAUGGAACAUUUAAACUUACAAUUGAAUUUACUGAAGAAUAUCCGAAUAAGCCACCUACUGUUAGAUUUGUCUCUAAGAUGUUCCAUCCUAAUGUCUACGCAGAUGGUAGUAUAUGUCUGGAUAUACUUCAGAACCGUUGGAGUCCAACUUAUGAUGUGUCUUCCAUUUUAACAUCCAUACAGUCUCUAUUGGAUGAACCUAAUCCCAAUAGUCCAGCCAACAGCCAGGCUGCCCAGCUGUACCAGGAGAACAAGCGGGAAUAUGAAAAGCGUGUUUCUGCAAUAGUAGAACAAAGCUGGCGUGACUGUUGACUCAGGGUAGAACAAACGAAGAGGCUGGCCAUAAGAAAAAUGUAUAUUGAUGAAUUCAUCUGCUUCCUAUUCCUAAUUCAUUACAUUUACUUUAUUAAAAACAAAAUAGCUGUUGUGCUGUUUCUGUCUUCCCUUGCCAAGUUUUUCUUCCCCUUUCUGUCCUCCUGUGGAGCAUCAGAGAUUCCAUUUGAAGUCCAAUGUACUGUACCUGGGUUACUUGCAAACAUUACUACUGCAUAUGUCCCUUUGUUGUAUCUCAUUUCCAUCCUCCAGCCUCUAAGCAGUUAUCAGGUUACUGUACUUUUUAUACUAAGCUUUUAAGAGAAACUGUUGUGUAUACCCGUGACCAGGAUGUUAUUUGUAACUAAAUGAUUGCUGCUGUGUUUCAUCCUGGCCAGUUUUCCUUGUGUUCAAUUUGGCAAAGAAUGUAUUUAGGAUAUGACCUAAAGAAAACAGGAAUGCAUCAUGUAAACAUCUUAAAGGGGAAGGAAAACGGAAAGAUUCUAUACUCAUUGUAAAGCAAUAUGAAUUACAAGAUGGCACUAUUGGUAGCAAGGACUAAAGGACCUAGCUAACAAAUGGAAGCAACUUUAAUAACUGACACAGUCCACUUUUUGUAAGAUAAUCAUUGUGCAAAUGCAUUCAUUAUGUUUCAGAAACCGGGCCUUUGGAGCUUUGUGCUUUUUAAAGAGGUGUGAGAACAGGACUAGAAGCUAUUGUUUUUAAGUUGGGAACCAGAAGAUCCUCAAAUCUUUUUAAAGGAACAGUAUUGCCCUAAAUAAACUUUUCUUUUUAUGACUCAA